CACAUUUUCACUUGUGAGUCACAAAUUGCAAGUUGCUUGAUGUUUGGAUCAGUUUAAUUUAGUUUUCUUUUUUGAUUAAUUACCAUGGAUGUUGUUCGAAGUAAUUUCGUUGAAUUAUUGCCUAAGCUUCGUGAAGACAUAAGGAACUGUGAUUUAAUUUCGAUUGACACUGAGCUUUCUGGCCUUGGACAAUCUGGAAACUCUUAUUUUGAUACAUUGGAAGAGAGAUAUUGUAAGAUUAAAAAUUCCAUCUCUAAUUAUCUUCUAAUACAAUAUGGCCUGAGCUGUUUUACUAAAUUACCAGAUGAUGACGAUGAGAAUGGUAAAAAUGGAGGAUAUUCUUGUUCCAAUUAUAACUUCUACAUCUUUCCCUACAAAGUUCCGGGUGCGGUUACUCAUAGAGAUAGAAGUUUUCUUUGCCAAAGCUCAGCUCUCACAUUUCUCUCUGGACAUGAUUUCGAUUUUAACAAAUGGAUUCGUGAGGGUAUUUCUUAUAUGAACAUUGAGGAAGAAUCUAAUCUAAUGUCAACUUUACAAGGUAAACAUGUUACCCUCAAUACUACAACCGCUGAUUUGAAUUCCACUGGUAAAAGUCUGAAUGAGUCGACGAUUCAACCUUUGAUUAACACUUACCCGAUUCCCGAUGAGCAUAAAGAUUUUAUUGAGAAAUUUAUGUCUAGUCUCAAUAGUUUUGUCUGUGAUGAGUCUCGAAGUAGAUGGAAUACUGAUCCGUGCUCAUCGUUCAGAAGAAAGUUGAUCUUCCAAUCAGUUAAAAGUUUAAAUAUCACCAAUUUAAAACUCACCUCAGUCCAAUGUAUGGAAAGUACAAUCGAUAGAUUCAUUUCAAUUGAGAAAAUUUCCUCGGAACAAAAAGCCAAAGAAGAGAAGACAAUUAUCGAUGAAGCCGUUGGAUUUUCACGAAUUAUCCAAGAAUUAAUAGAUUGCAAGAAACCAAUUGUUGGUCACAAUUUACUACUCGAUAUGGUUCAUACAAUUCGUCAUUUCAUCGCACCUUUACCUGACUCUCUGCACGAAUUUAAAGAAAUGUUGACUGAAUUACUUCCCAAUACUUACGAUACCAAGUUCAUGGUUAAAGCUGAUUCCAAAUUAGAAUCUAAAUUUCAGAAUACUGGACUCAAUGAUCUUUUCAAUGGAGUUCAAAAAGCUCCAUUUCCAAACAUCCAUGUAAAGAUAAUCAACAAACCCGAAGACGAAAAUGAUAAUGACGAGAAAAAAAUUUCCUUCCACAAUGCUGGUUAUGAUUCUUAUGUAACUGGUGUUAUAUUUCUGAAUCUUGUUCAUUACCUUUAUCCAAAUAAUAGUUUGAUUAACAAUUUGCCCCAAUUGUCAAAUUAUAAAGGAAAAUACAAUCUAACUUAUAGCUUUGAUAUUGAUCACCUUGAUAUCACCAAAAAUCAACAAGAGACUGAAAGAUUUAAUGUUUUCCACAUCACUUUUCCCUCUUUUUGGACGAAAGCGGAAAUUUUUGACCUUCUCUCACCAUUUCGACCUGGACAAAUUGGUUGGAUCAAUGAUACUUCCGCUUUUAUCGCUUUGGACGAUGUUUCUAAUAGCAAAGAUGUCAACCGGGUACUCACCAUAUCGAAAGGAGGUUCAUCCGAGUGCUCAAUUAAACCUUACAAAACUUUCAUGGAAGAAAAAUGUUCAACAAUUAACAACCAAGGAAAACGUAAAUUAGAUGAACAUUUAAUUGAAGAUGAAAAAACCAUCGAAACGUCAACACCAUUAAUCAAAAAGGCGAAAUCAUCUAACAAAACAGUAACCACUCACGAACGAACCAUUUUUGACAAUUGUGAUGAUUGGUAAUUACUGUUGAUUAAACAUCAAGGUUAAUUUUUUUCUAAUUUUUUCUAAUUUUUGAGAAUUAAAAAUUUCCUGUUAACUUA